CUUCCUCCUCGCUCCGGCUAUAAAUACUCGCCGUCACGCUUUGGAUUCCUCUCUCUCUUCUCCACACUCCACUAUCUCCAUCCCCUUCCACUCGCGCUCUCUCCCUCUCUCUCUCCACCAGGGGGAAAGGAAAGGAAAAGGAAGGCGCGGGAGGCGAGCCGGUGGUGGGGAAUGGCCGGCGCGUCCUCGCCGCCCCCGACGCCCAAGUCGCCCAAGCUGCAGCCGCCGCUCCUGGAGCGCGCCAAGGGCCCCUCUGGCCUCGACAAGAUCGUGCUCCGCGACCCCCGCGGGUUCACCGCCGAGGUCCGUCUAUAUGGAGGGCAAGUUACCUCUUGGAAGAAUGAGCAGGGGGAUGAGUUACUUUUUGUAAGCAGCAAGGCAAUUUUCAAGUCUCCAGGAGCAAUUCGUGGUGGCAUACCCAUCUGCUUCCCCCAGUUUGGAACACAUGGAAAUCUUGAAAAACAUGGAUUUGCAAGGAACCGGCUAUGGCUCGUUGAUGAUAAUCCUCCACCGCUCCCAGUAAACAGCGGUAUUAAAACUUAUGCAGAUCUCAUUCUGAAGCCUUCUGAAGAAGAUCUCAAGAUCUGGCCUCACAGAUUCGAAUUCCGGUUAAGAGUUGCUCUUGGACCCAAAGGAGAUUUGUUUCUCACUUCUCGAAUUAGAAACACCAACACUGAUGGAAAGCCUUUCUCAUUUACAUUUGCAUAUCAUACAUACUUCUCCGUGUCUGACAUAAGCGAAGUACGUAUUGAAGGGCUGGAAACAAUGGACUACUUUGACAACCUGAAGGGAAAAGAGCGAUUCACGGAGCAGGGGGAUGCUCUUGUGUUUGAAUCAGAGAUUGAUAAAGUAUAUCUGGACACACCACCAAAAAUUGCAAUUAUUGAUCAUGAGAAGAAAAGAACAUUUGUGCUCAGGAAAGAUGGUCUUCCAGAUGCUGUUGUAUGGAACCCAUGGGAGAGGAGGUCAAAAACCAUUCUUGAUUUUGGUGAUGAAGAAUAUAAGCACAUGUUGUGUGUGGAACCUGCAGCUGUGGAGAAGCCCAUUACCUUGAAGCCUGGUGAAGAGUGGAAAGGAAGGUUGGAGCUCUCAGCUGUUCCUUCCAGUUACUAUAGUGGCCAGUUAGAUCCAGACAAGGUUCUUCAUGGUUGAAAAUCCUCACUUGGUGCAUCUCGUACAGGAACACUUCAGGGCACUUUAUAUUACCUGGUGCUUUGUCUGUCUGGUGUUGAUGCUAUGUGGAGUUGCGGGCUUUCAUCUCCUCAUCGUCUCCACCUACAUAUGUUUAUUUCUUCAUGUAUAGAUGGAGGAGGCGAGCACCGGAAUAACGAAACAGCCUGAGUGGCUCUAUCUCGAAAUCUGUCUUCGGUGCGCUCAGCUCAGUGUUCAGUUGCAGCAAAAAAGAAGCGAAUAAUAGCAUUCCGUAGUUUAGGGUCGCCUCCUAGCCCUGGACAAUGGGUGAUUUGUUGUACUUCUGCAUCGGGCUAGGAAAUCUACUACCAAUUGUUAUCAGACUAUUGUCUGUACUCCUCUAAGAUCUGUACAUAUGCUAUCUUUAGGAACUUCCUGGUGUGAGAUAAGUUAAGGAGCACAAUUUAUCAUGUGCUGCUGGUAAUGCAUUAUGCAAGUGUGUUCUAAACCUUAAUAACAAGGGGAUUCUGUCA